AUGGGCCUAGGAGCGUUUCUAAAAACCGGCUCUGGGUUAAGGGUCGACAAUAGCAAGACUACCUCUGCUGCGAACCUCACCCUGCGGCAAAGUCUAUGGCCCCUUAUACUUGUCACCAUACUUUUUUUUCUCUGGGGCUUUGCCUACGGCUUGCUUGAUACUCUAAACAAGCAUUUCCAAAUCACCCUCCAUAUUACAAAGACACGUUCAUCCGGUCUACAGGCUGCUUAUUUCGGCGCCUACCCACUUGCCUCCCUGGGCUACGCGAACUGGUUACUUCGUCACUAUGGAUACAAAACUGUGUUCAUCUUUGGACUAGCCCUUUACGGUAUCGGCGCACUCUGCAUGUGGCCUGCUGGUUUGAACCGCUCAUUCGGAGGCUUUUGCGCUGCUACAUUUGUCAUUGGCUCCGGUCUGGGAUCUCUCGAAACAGCCGCCAAUCCAUAUCUUGCUGUUUGCGGCCCGCCAAAGUACGCUGAGAUCCGAAUUAACCUGGCUCAAGCGUUCAACGGAAUUGGCACAGUCGUUGCACCUGCUCUAGCCUCGUACGUUUUCUUUACGGAGACUGAGGACGAUGUCGACUCGCUUAAGCGCGUUCAAUGGGUAUACCUUGCCAUCGGUAUCUUUGUCUUUUGUCUGGCCGUGGUAUUCUUCUUUUCGACGAUUCCCGAAGUCACGGACGAAGACAUGGCAUUCCAAGUCGCGGCCACUCACGUUGACGAACAGGAGAAACCGUUCUGGAAACACUAUAAGCUAUUCCAUGCCACACUUGCGCAGUUCACCUACACGGGUGCUCAAGUUGCCAUUGCAUCGUUCUUCAUCAAUUACGCUACCGAAACAUGGCCUGGCACGGAGAACUCUACAGCCUCCAAGUAUCUCGCCGGAGCCCAAGCCGCCUUUACUGUCGGUCGCUUCCUCGGUGCCUUCCUGAUGAAGUAUAUCAGACCGCGCUGGGUCUUCCUCGUCUACCUCUCAUGCGUAGUAGCCUUUUGUGCAGCCGCCACGACGCAGCGCAACGAAUCCGGAAUAGCAAUGCUCUUCCUUACCCUCUUCUUCGAAUCCGUCUGCUUCCCAACAAUCGUCGCUCUCGGCAUCCGCGGCCUCGGCCGCCACUACAAGCGCGGGUCGGGCUUCAUCGUUGGCGGCGUCAGUGGCGGCGCUGCAGUCCCGCCCAUCCUAGCGCACGUCGCUGACCAGCGCAACGAUACGGGGUUCGCGUUUAUCAUCCCGACGAUGUUCAUGGUUGUCGCGUGGACGUAUGCGGUUGCGGUGAAUUUUGUGCCGUCGUAUCGGGAUACGGUUGAUAAGGUUGCGGAGAGCGAAAUUGGGCUCAGGAGGGGGGGUGAUGGUGAUGGGCCGAAGGACGUCGAGGCGCUGGGUGAGGUUGAGAAGGUCGAGACUAUGCAUAUUCGGUAG